AGAAGAGGAGAGAGGCAGAGACACAGAGAGGCAGAGGGAGAGACAGGGGUGGGGUGCGUGGAUGUACAUGAACAUGCCGAGAGGAGAGUGUGUGGACCAGCGAUGACAGCCAUGCUGAGCCCAAAGAUCAGACAGACCAGGAGAGCCAGGUCCAAGAGCAUGGUGAUGGGUGAGGUGUCACGGGGGUCAUGCCGGCCGGCUUCCCCCAGCCUCCAGGAGGGGGCUCUGAAGGCCGGCUGGCUGAAGAAGCAGCGCAGCAUCAUGAAGAACUGGCAGCUCCGCUGGUUUGUGCUGCGCUCAGACCAGCUCUUCUUCUACAAAGACGAGGAGGAAACCAAACCACAGGGCUGUAUACCUCUGCAGGGAUGCCAGGUCAACGAGCUCACAGCCAAUCCAGACGAGCCAGGAAGACACCUUUUUGAAAUUGUGCCAGGUGGAACAGGAGAGAAGGACCGGGCACCCAUCAGCCAUGAAUCCUUCCUGCUCAUGGCAAACUCCCAGACAGACAUGGAUGACUGGGUCAAGGCCAUAAGGCGGGUCAUCUGGGCGCCGUUUGGAGGAGGGAUAUUUGGUCAGCGUUUAGAGGACACAGUGCAGUAUGAGAAGAAGUUUGGACCCCGGCUGGCCCCGCUGCUGGUGGAGCAGUGUGUGGACUUCAUCAGAGAGAGGGGUUUGGACGAGGAGGGUCUUUUUCGGAUGCCAGGACAGGCCAACCUUGUCAAAGAGCUGCAGGAGUCCUUCGACUGCGGCGACAAGCCUCUGUUUGACAGUAAUACAGACGUCCACACGGUGGCAUCCUUGCUAAAGCUGUACCUGCGAGAGCUGCCUGAACCAGUCAUUCCCUUCUCCAAAUAUGAAGACUUUCUAAACUGUGCACAGCUUUUGGCCAAAGAUGAAGAGGAGGGGGUCCAGGAGCUUGGAAGACAAGUUAGCACUCUACCUCUUCCUAACUACAAUCUCCUCAAGUACAUAUGCAAAUUCCUUGAUGAGGUCCAGUCCCACUGUAGUGAGAACAAGAUGAGUGUCCAGAACCUCGCCACAGUAUUUGGACCAAAUAUCCUUCGACCCAAGAUGGAGGACCCAGUCACUAUCAUGGAAGGCACCUCUCUGGUCCAGCACCUGAUGACAAUCCUCAUUAGGGAACACAUCCGUUUGUACUCAGGGAGGGACCAGGAGGGACCUAUCGUACCCCAAACAGAGCUCCCUGUCCAGGGGCAUCAGCUCCAGCAUCGCAGCCUGGGAGCCUGGAUCUCAGAGGAAGACCUCCAGAGCUGCCCGGUCUCCAACCCUGACCAAGAACUGCACAGCAGCGCCUCAUCUCUGGAUGCUAAACUGUGUGCAGCUGUCACUCCCACCCAGACCCCAAACCUGAACCCUGGACCAAAACUGGGGUCUCCAUCAGGGAAAGGAGAGACGUUGGUCAGCCCGAGUAAACAGGCCAAGACCAUACCUUCCUGGAAAUACUCUUUCAAAAGCUCCUCGGCGCCUCGUUCCCAGACGCAAGCCAAGCAAAGCAGCACCGGUAGUUCUGCGGCUGAUGUCACUAGUGUAUCUUCCUCCGGUGGGGGAGGAGGUGGAGGUGGAAGUGGAGGUGGAGGUAACUGGCUCAUGAAUGGUCUGUCCUCCUUGAGGGGACACCGGCGUACGUCAUCAGGCGAGCGGUCUGCCCGUGAUCGCGACUCCACCGGCUCCUCGCAGAGACUGUCUACCUACGACAACGUCACCUCUUCCUCCAGCAUGGGGAGCGUUCCAAGUGUGGCCAGCACACCUUGGUCCACUUCCUCCUGCGAAAUUUCCGUCCCUGACUCGGGAAGUGAGCCCUCAGCAAACCAGAACUGCGGAAUAGGGGGUGAGAGUGGGGAGAAAGGGGAGUGGAUGGAGAGCCAAAGGGAGAUUGACAGAGGAAGGGAUGGAGGGAUGACGACAGACCCGAGCUCUGAGCAGGACAGUUGCGAGGCCAUGGAGCUGUGCAGCAGCAGCGCAGCCUGCAGUGAGAAUGGAAACAUGGCCGUGGCAGCCGGGGUGCCGUCCAUUAUCAUGUCCGAGGAUGGAGAUGGGAUGAAUCUAACACUGAGUGGUCUGGUGGAAGGACUGAAGGACGAGUUGAGGAAGCAGAAGACUUCAUACGAGACCAGGAUCCAAAAGCUGGAGGAGUCCAGUGCUGCUCUGUGUGCACAGAUGGAGCGUCUGGAACAAGAGAUGGAGCAGGAAAGGAAAAAGCAACGAAUGCUGGAGAUCAAACUACGAAACUCAGAGCGGGCACGGGAGGAUGCGGAGAACCGCAACCGGCUCCUGGAGAAAGAAAUGGAGGAUUUCUUUUCCACACUGGGAGAUCUGGCCCUGGGUGCAAGGACUAGUGACAUUUGAUACAGCACUCAUCUGUCUGUGGCCAAAACUGUCAGGAUUUGUAUUUUGGGGUAGGGUGUUACAAGGGCUCAUGUCCUUGUUGGUGCAUCAGGGCGUUCCUUCAAAAGAAGAGUAAAACAAAAAAAUAAGAGAACCGGCCAUAUUUGUGUACAUUCGGGACAAAGAAAAUGAAAUAUGAGGAAGAGUAUUCUGAAGGAUGAAAAUAUCAAAUGGGGAUGGACAGUGUCUCCGUCUACAUUGAGCACUGAGCGGUUUUGACUUUCUUACGCAUGCUUGAAAUGGAACGUUACGAUAAGAUGGUGCACUUGUGAUUACACUCCUUGAUGAGUCCAGGGUUUGUCUUGGGAAGGCAGUACUUUAACAGUUCAGGUGCCUGUAUGUGACUGGUGGAACCUGAUUCUCUGGCGUUCUCUAUACUGGAGAGCGCUGACUUCUUCAACCACUAUUUUACAAGGAUAUUCAAGAAUGGAUUUCUUGCUGAAACUGCAAGAUUCUUUAGACAUUAAUGUUGAAUGCAGACAGCUGACUGAUAUUUCUCUCUAUCUGAUCUUUAAGGAAUAAAUGCUACAUUUUUGGAAAUACACUUAUUUGCUUUCUUUCCAAGAAUUAGAUGACAAGUUUGAUGUCACUCUGAUGUCUGCAGGAUAUGAAGAAACAGAAAGAUACCUGUUAGUCUUUACAUAGUUAACAUAAAGACAAAAAACGGGGGGAAAGAGCUAGCAUAGUGCUGUCCAAAAUUAAAAAUGAAUCUCCUUAUCAACACCUCUAAAGCUAACUAAUCUUGUUUGUGUAAUUCUUAUAAAAACAAAUUGGAAAAUCAACAAGUGAGUCUAAGCUAACUGGCUUCUGGCUCUAGCUCUUUAUUUAGCGGGGCAGCACUAGGCUAACUCUUCCCACUGUUUCCUGUCUUUAUGUUAGGCUAGGCUAACUGGCACCUUCCUGUAGCUUCAUAUUUAUCCGACAUGGGAGUGGUGUCAAUCUUCUAAUCUAACUCUCAGGAAGAAAGCUAAAAACUAUUUCGCAAAAUGUCCAAAUGUUCCUUUAACUGUAGGGCCAGUUCAGUGAAAUUAAACAAAACAUAUUUCCUCACUUGCCUGUAGUGGUAGCUAGCUAGGCAAAGGCCAGGUUUUGAAGUUGCAAAGGAGUUCUGUGAAUUAUGCAGAGUAAGGUUUACUUACAGAGAAGAUUUGUUUUUAAUGUUGUGAGCAAUAGAAACAAAAUUCAUAUCAGUUUGGAGGGCCAAAAUCUCAUAGACGGAUAUCUCAAAACCUGUGCAAAUAAAACCAAAAUGAUUUGCAUGUUAGACACCACUAGGGGGAGCUGAGAAAACACGUUUUUUAUAAUCUGAGUGAACUGACUGUUAAACUGUACAGCGGUAGCUUUAGCAGAUGGUCCUCCACUUGCAUUUAUCCUCCCCUCCUAUAUUUGUACUGCAGACAUUUCUUUCUGGAUAUUUUACUGUAGAAUCAAAUUUGUAUAUCGUAACACAAAAGCAGGUUUAGAAAACUCGAUUUUCCAGUGAUAGGUGGAACCUCUGCAGUAGCUGCCUCUGUACUUUCUUUGUCCUCAGGCCCUUCCAGUGCCUCUCACCAUCUACAUGGUUUCCAUUUGAUGGCAAAGCCUCAGUCUUCGGUUCAGUCCGAUCCUCACAGAUGUCAGUAUACCUUUAAUGUACAGAUACUUCAACAGGGACAAUGAAAACAAUAAUUCAAGCAUUUUCAACUUAGCGCAUGCUGCCUUGGACACAGACCACAUGGCUCAGUAGGUGAAGGCCAUUUACAGUAAAUACCAAAGCUGGACCGCCUCAGCUGUUCCCUCACUAAAGAUCAGAAUGGCCUGCCUGGAAGCCAUGUUGAUUUUGGCACAUGAAGCUGAACACUGCCCUCAAAGAAACAAUGGAAUUUCCUGGUUGUGCCUUCAGGGAAGUGUUUUUGAAUAGGAAAAAUGUAGUGUUGCUUGCUUGUCCAGAGAUGUAGUGCAUAUAUUCGUGCAUAGUACACACAGUGGCUGCAAUGUUUUUUUGUUUUUUUUUAUGGCAACAAACUGCUGAAGAUGAGUAACUUGAUCUCCCUAGAAGGUGCCAAUUCUUGUGAAAGUGAAUUGUGAACUGAAUGGAAGUUUUGAAUUAAGAAUGUAUCCUUGUAGUGAAUGUAAUGUGUAGUUGAUGAAACCAGCCCGAUGAAAAAACGACUACCAGAGCGGGAGAAAAAAAAUCACUGAUGGUGUUCAGAUCAUCCAGUUCUGCAACUCAUUAUCCUUACUUUGACUCUUGGUAAUGCUGGACAUGUGCUGUAUUAUGGGACGCAGACCUACAUCACAUCAGGAAGCUGUGAUGCGCUUUAUUGAUCUGGUUCAUUGAAUUGUUAACACUUAAUUUUAUGUUUCUGAAAUGAAGAGUUGCAGAUGUCUCCUUUGUGAGAAUUGCAUGUGGUUACAUUGUUGAAAAUGUCUUUUUUUUUUUUUGCAUCUUAUCACCAAUCAGAAAAAAGUCCAUAAGUGGUUUAAAUGACACCGACAAACAGUAUAUUAACAUGUGAAUGUGCGCUUUUGGUUAGACAAUGUGACUGUAUUUUUCCUUUUUAUAUUUUAUAAAGACAACAUAAAGCCAGUCAUAUUACAUGACACUCUUUAAUUGCACAGGUUUACAAGGUAAUUGUCCUUUAAAGCUUUUUUGACUUUACUCAUGUGAACUACCACUAUCACAGUUAAAGCUAUUGCAGGUUCUUUGAUUCCAACAGAUCCAUUUAUUUCCCUUUUAUGUGUGUGUCAUGACUAAGGCUAAAUGUUUCUUAUUGCUCUGCUGAUCAUCUAUGGUGCUUAUUUAUUAUGGAUUUCCACUAAUGUAAAUGAAUGGACAUGUAUGGGAAUAAAGGUGAUAAAGAUAAUCUGUGAGA